ACUGGAGCGGUGAGGCCGAGCGGCCCGUCGUGGCGGUCAGCACCGUGCUGCCGCUCACCGGCUCGGGAGAUGCCACGUUCAAGGUCCGGUAGGUGGUCGUGCCGCCGAUCACCGGCUCGGGCGAGGCCACGUUCACGGUCCGGUAAGUAGUCGUGGUAGUUUUUUGGCUCUGGACGGACAUUGUUGUUGUAGAGAUACGGACAAAACACUUCCUCCAGAAAAGUUUUGAAAGUGUUUCCAACACGCUGGUGCCUGGCGGAGAGGAGAGGUGAGUCUUUCGGUGUUACUUCCUCCUCUGCCGGCAGUACUCGGGAGGAAAGUCCGGUUAGUAGAGUCGCUCCCGGGGGUGGGGUGGAGAAGCCAGCGCUCGAGGGGAGGUGCUGUUGUUGCUCGGUAGGCAAUUGUCGACGUUGUCUCCGUGAAAGUGGGUGGAACCGAAGGGAAGUUUCACUUGUUGUUGUCUCGUUCGAGCAGUUUGAUUCAAUGCCUUGCUGGUGCAGUACAUCUUUUUAAAAUUAGGAAUGAAAGACUGUGUUCUGAUGAUAAACGCCCAGGCAAACUGCUUUACGUCAAGUAUACUCAUUCCUUAUUUAUGCAAUCCAAUAAAUGCUCAAACAACUAUUUUAAAUUGACUUAUUUACUCGACGGAUACUAAGUCCCUUUUCGCCAUGGAAACGUCUGCCACUCGGCUCAUGAAUGUAACAACAGGUCAUUUUGUAUUACGUCAUUCUGUGCGCAAUUGCUCAAUUGACCACUAGAUGUAGCCAGAGAGCCACCAGUGAAUCAGAUAAUUGUUUAAUGCUGUACGUCACUAAAAAAGUAUUGGUAUAUAUUUGCAACAGAAAAAGUCGAUAAUAAGACUAAAAUACAAUUUAAAUGGCUUCAAAGUUGUGAGUAAAACGUUAGUUUAUUUUCCCUUCGGAACAAUAGCCCGGAACUCUCGCGAGACUAUGACAACCUCGUCCGUUCAUUCCGGAAAUCUUUUGUAUAAUAAAUCAUCAUAAUGGCCGUCGAACAAAUCAUCAACUGUUUCCCAAACUGUCCAUUCAUCGUCGGAAAUUUACACUGGAAACUAUAGCCAAACGCCCUGAAGUCGCCGUUUGUUGCUCAUCCUCUGGCUUGGAUGCCCGUGGCCUUUUACCAGCAAUGAACAGCCAGUGUACUUGUUGUCAUGUCCCAUCAGACCUGAUGUAACCUCAGCUUCUCCAUCAUUUUGGUCCACAGCAGUAAACCCACCUCAGGCGUGAUGAGCACAUCCAUGGCCUGCUUCUGGUCUCCACUGCCACUCUAAUCACAGACCAGAACAACACUGUUACAGAUGGAGAGUAAUUUAUCUUUUGUUCAGUAGUUUCCACCUGUGAUCUCAGAAGGCCUCCACAGCUGGAACCACUUCCUCAUUAGUCAAUCAUCCAAUCAUCUGUUCGUCCUGCCACUAUAUAAGUUGAAUUGUUUGCUCUGUUCAAGAGAGGCGGUGGCAGCUCUCAUUUUGGUUGUCUUGGUUUGUUGAAGCCUGUUAUGUUUUGCCUUUGAUUCUUUUUGUGAAGUUUACUUUCUGCCACUUGUUUAUUAAUGGUCUCUUUUGUCUUUUUCUUUAGGUUGGCGCAGAGCACAGAGGUAGGGACUUUAGCUAUACACCUGCAGGUAUACAUCGUGUCUCCCACCUCACGUAGGUACCAACUCUCUGUAUUAGUCCAUUAGAUAGAGCGGCAACACCACCCAUGUAUUUUGGGGCACAAUAGGUGCCUGUCACUGUAGUGUUUUAGUUUGGGGGUUGUUUUAGGUUCUAGGUUUAGUUGGGGUUUUUGGAACUUUUAUUUGGUGUUUGCUGCAUAGUGCAGGGGGUUGGGUAAAUGUUUGUGUGCUCUGUAGCCAUUGUUUCUUUUUUGUUAAAUAAACUUUUUAUUUGCAAUUUUGACUUGUCACUGCCUCCUCAUUGCACACCUGCCGUCUUAUGUUACGCCGCGGCCCCUGACCACCAGGGGUACUCGUAACAUUUGGGGGCUCGUCCGGGAACUUUGUGGUUCCGCGGAGGCGGCAGGUGUGUUGGUGUGCAGUGGCGGUCGGAUUGCGAGUUUUGUUUAUUUAACUUUAACUUUUUUGGUAAUUCCCUGCGCGCCGUGGUAGAUAAUGGCCACAGGCUUUAGUGUUGAGGAUUUCUUGGCAGGUCCCACGGUGGGACAAUUGGACCUUUAUAGAAAAGCGGAUUUUUGUGCGAUCGGUGCGCAUUUUGGUGUUGAGCUCCUGAUGUCUAAAACUUGGGCUCAACUGAAGGCAUCGGUCGUUGAUUUGCUGGUUAAAGAGGGCGUGUCUGUUGAGGGGGUAGAGGGUCUUUUGGAUUCUCAGGAGGAAGUUCCUCCGGUUUUUCGGGUUGUGGGGAGUGCGACUCCUCCCACUAGCCGUAGGUCAUCUUUUGAUGGAGCCGGUUCAUCCCCUCGGUUAAGGGUUCGCUUAGCUCGUUUGAAGCUUGAAAAAGAGGAGAGGGACCGUGAGCUCGAAUACAAACAUCAGCAGGCCAUGUAUAAAUUAGAACUUGAGGCUAGAAAUGCUGUCCGCUUAAAGGAAUUGGAACUAGAAAUGAAAAGGCUUGAUGUAACGUCCGGAACUCAUUUGGUCGCAACUCAGGGUGAUAAUUCGUCACAGAAGCCAUUUGACGCUAGUCGGCAAAUUGGUCUCGUCCCCGAAUUCCGAGAGUCGGAGGUGGAUGAGUAUUUUGAGACCUUCGAAAGAAUAGCCACGGCUUUUAAAUGGCCACCGGAGGCGUGGGCGCCCUUGCUACAGAGCAAGUUGAUUGGGAAAGCUCGCGAUGUGAUGAACAAAAUGCCUCUGAGGGAUAGCAUGGUUUAUGCUACGUUAAAAGAGACUGUCCUGCGUUCAUAUAGCCUUGUUCCUGAAGCAUAUAGACAGCGUUUCCGUGUUCACAGGAAGGCCCCGGAGAAAACAUUUGUUGAGUUUGCUAGUGAAAAGCAAACUCUUUUCAAUCGUUGGUUAAAGGCAAGUGAAGUCACGGAUUUUAAUUCGCUCUGUGAUUUAAUUUUGAUGGAGGAUUUUAAAAAUAGCCUAUCGGAUCGGCUGGCCACUUAUUUAAAUGAACAGAAGGUCACUAACGUGUCCGAGGCAGCUGUGCUGGUAGAUGAGUAUGUGAUUACUCAUCGACAGCACAUUGAUAAAAAAGAUGACUUUGAGAAACGGGACAAAAGUGAAUCGAGUUUUAAAAGCCGGUCUUGGUCAGGGCGGGGGUCGUCACCUCCUUCGGCAGAACGUCGCUGUUUUCUUUGUCAUAAAAAUGAUCAUUUAAUAGCCAACUGUCCAGAGCGGAAAAAUGAUGACCGUAAGGCUGAAUCUUCCCCGAUUGGGUUAUGCGCUGUGCGCUCUGAACCGGUUCGAGUACAUGAAGGUGGGGGUUCGUCUUAUGAACCUUUUAUGCUCGAUGAUUAUGUUUCUCUGGGCUCAGGUGAGAAGUGCUCGAUACGCAUCCUUCGGGACACCGGAGCUGCCCAAUCUUUUAUCUUGAGUGAUAUAUUGCCUUUUAAUGAAGAGUCUUCAUGUGGCUCGAAUGUAUUGGUCCAAGGAAUUGGAAUGGAGUACCUCUCUGUACCUUUACACUGUGUAAACUUGUCUUGUGAUCUCUUGGCAGGCACAUUUUCGGUGGGUGUUCGCCCAUCGUUGCCGAUGCCAGGUGUCACUAUUUUGUUGGGGAACGACAUCGCCGGUGGAAAGGUCACGCCGGUGUUGGAAGUCGUGCAGAAACCAAAUGAGUCGCAAUCAGAUGAAUUGGGGCAGGCUUACCCUGAUGUGUUUCCGGUCUUUGUCGUCACUCGUGCACAAGCGAAAAAGCUGGGUAAUGAGGUCGAUUUAUCGAACACCUUUUUCGCGGACGGAUUAGUUGACUUGAAGAAGAGUGAGACUACAGAGACGGAGUUAAAAGGAUCGGCUUUUGAUUCAGUUUCUUUAGCUAUGACUCGCGAUGACCUUAUUGCUGCGCAGAAAUCUGACACCAGUUUGAACAAAUGUUUUGAGGCUGUUCAGCACCCGCAUGCAUUAAAAAAUAAAGAUGCAAAGUAUUUUAUUGAAAAUGGGAUGCUGUUAAAAUGGAAGUCUCGUUUGUACACAGAUUUUAGCGUUGUUCAAGUUGUUGUCCCUGUACGUUACCGCCAUGCAGUUUUAUCACUAGCUCACGAAAAUGCAUGGGCAGGUCAUUUAGGGGUGACAAAAACUUACGAUCAUGUAUUGGAACAGUUUUUCUGGCCAGGUUUGAAAAAGGAUGUUGUGCAGUAUUGCCGAACAUGCCAUACGUGCCAAGUGGUGGGGAAGCAGAGUCGGGUGCUUAAACCAGCCCCUCCUACAUCCUAUCCCUGUGCUGGGCAAAGCAUUCGAACAUAUCCUUGUCGAUUGCGUCGGCCCGCUACCCAUGACGAAGAGGGGUAAUCAAUAUUUACUCACUAUGAUGUGUGUAGCGACAA